UUGAGUUUUUUGUUGUUAAAGUGCAAAACUAUGGUACUUGAGGAGAUUAAAGUUAGAACCUAUGAUGGAAGUGUUGAUAGAGCAAGACUUGAAUUACUUGAAAAAAGAUGUGAAGUAGGACCAUCACAACAUCUAUUUCUUUUCACUGAUACCAUGGGUGACCCCAUCUCACGAAUUCGCAAUAGUCCCAUGUACAUCAUGCUGGUUGCUGAAUUGGACCAUGAACUAAUUGGUGCCAUACAAGGUUCAAUAAAAGUUGUUACAAUAAAAGACUUGGCUAAAGUUGGCUACAUUUUAGGACUAAGGGUCUCACCACUUCACCGUCGUAAAGGCAUUGGUUCGCGUCUUGUGCAACAUUUAGAAGAAUGGUUCGUUAGCAACCAAGUGGACUAUGCAUACAUGGCAACAGAGAAAGAUAACGAUGCAUCCGUUAAUCUCUUUACAAAUAAGCUCCAAUAUGUCAAAUUUAGGACACCCGCGAUCCUCGUUCAUCCUGUGAAAUCUCGUCCCCUCAAAAUGUCAUCAAAGAUCGAUGUUUUUAAGAUUAAUGAAGAAAAUGCAGAGUAUUUGUACCGUAGAUAUAUGGGCAUGAUCGAGUUUUUCCCAUGUGACAUUGAAAAAGUGCUUAGAAACAAAUGGAGUUUAGGCACAUGGGUGGCAUGUGAUCAAGGCGAACGCGAUCGAUUUGGACUACUAAAUGGUGAUCUUCCAAAGAAUUGGGCUAUGUUAAGUGUUUGGAAUAGUGGAGGUUUAUUCAAAUUACGAAUAGGAAAAGCUCCAAUAUCAUGUUUGGUGUACUCGGAGGUGUCAAAAGUGAUGGAUAAAGCCUUUGCAUCAUGCUUUAACAUGCCAAUAUUAUUGUGCAAUUUCUUUGAGCCAUUCGGGUUUUAUUUCAUGUAUGGAGUGCACCAAGAAGGUCCAUUGUCAGGGAAAAUGGUGCGAGCCCUUUGCGAGUACGUGCACAACAUGGCUCGAGUUGAUGCGGAUUGCAAGAUGGUGGUGACCGAGGUUGGGAGUUAUCAUGAGAAAGUGAGAACUCAUAUCCCACAUUGGAGGUUGCUUUCAUGUCUAGAGGAUUUGUGGUGCAUAAAGGCUUUAAAAAGUGAAGACAGAGAAAAUGUUAAUGAAUUGAGCACAAGAAUCACACAAACAAGACCUCUUUUUGUAGAUCCAAGAGAGGUGUGAAUGUGACUUACUAUACAUGCCACCACUUCUUUAUUUGUUAUUUGUUCUUAUCUUAAUUUGUUCAUAUAAAUAUAUUGACGAAUUAAUUAAACAAUUGAAUCUUAUUUCGAAGAUUUGACAUGUUCUUAUCUUAAAUUGUUCAUAAAUAUA